GCAGGUGCAGUUGGCGUUAGAGGACCGAGACUGGGAUUUGCAGUUUCGUUGUCGUGCGCGCCGUCUACUCCAGAUCUCCCUUCACCCACCGAGGCUUGGCGUGCUCAUCGCCAGCUGGCUGCAACAAGUGAUCCGUGCCGUCUCCUCGAGCUCCCCCGAACUCUCCGCAAUGGACACGCGCGCCAGUUGAUAGUCGAACUGCGCAAACACAAUGAUACCGCUACGACCGCGCAUACGACACACAUAACACGGCGCCAUCUGAGCCACCAUGUCGCGCGACCCUGGCUACUUGCGGGCGGGAGCUAAUGGAGCCUACACCAACGGCAAUGGGAGCUAUGACGGCAAUGGGACCUACAACGGCAACGGAGGCUACAGCGGCAAUGGGGGCUACGCGAGCUAUGGUGCAUCGAACGACGACUAUGCAGGAAGGCCUAGCGGAGAAUCCAGGACGAGACCUGGUGGUUAUGGUGGCAUGGGUGGGGGAGACGACGAGUCCCGAUCACCAUCACGACCGAGCACCGACCGACAGCGCCGACCAGGCGGUUAUGGAGGCAUGAGCCCCGCCGAAGAUAACUAUGCGCCGCGACCAAGCGGUGAAAUUGGGAGAGAGCGGCGGCCGGGAGGCUAUGGCAGUUUCCAACCGCGCAGUCAGGAGCGCAUCCAAGAGCGCACCCAGGACGCACCCCAGGUCACACGCCCCACCAGCAUCGAGCGCAUGCCUGCACGACCACGCAGUGGAGGACGGUAUGGUAAUGCUGCAGACAGAAAUCGCAAUAGACUGGGUGAACAGCGAAACUACGGUCCAGGCAGCCAGCGCAUCGAAGAGGUCAUCAAGUACAUUCAGACCAAUUGGGACUUCAUGACUGGAGACCAGUGCGUGCCAAUCGAGGUUGCGCUGAAGCUCAUGGACUCAAGCUCCCUCGGUCUGGCAGACCAGUACGACCAAUUUCGACAGUCACAUCAAGAGCUUCAGCAGGCCCUCAAGGCGAUCGUCAACGAGCACCACCAGGGUUUCAACAGUUCCAUUGGUACCUUCCAUCAGAUUCAGACGAGUCUGCAGAGCUCACAGCACCGGGUGAGGAACCUGAAGACUUCUCUGACUUCUGCCAAGUCGCAGCUUUCGACUGCCAAGCCUGAACUUCGCGAGUUUGCGACAGCGUCUCAGAACUAUGACGAGAUGAUUCAGAUGCUGAACACUAUCGAGCAACUGCAGCUUGUUCCGGAGAAACUCGAGGCUCGAAUCUCCGAGAAGCGUUUCUUGACAGCAGUAGACAUUCUACAGGACGCCUUGCGCAUGAUUCGCAAGUCAGAAAUGGAGAACAUUGGCGCCUUGAACGAUCUGCGCACAUAUCUCAGCAACCAAGAGGUGUCUCUGACUGACAUCUUGAUUGAAGAGCUUCACGGCCACCUCUAUCUCAAGUCACCAUACUGCGAGGAUAGAUGGAAAGAGUACGCGCAGAACCAGUUCAAGGGUGACGUUUCUGAGAGGGCUCAAACAGACGUUCGAGGUCGUCUGCUGUACUACUUCUUGGACGGCUUAGAUACCGCCGAUCCGAUGACGGACGAUUCCACACACAAUCCAGAAACAGAAACCUUUCAGUACAUCAGGUUGGUGGUAGAAUCACUCAACAAGAUGAACCGUCUGGAGCUCGCAGUCGACACAAUCGAGCAAAGACUACCCGUUGAGCUUUUCAAAGUCGUGGAGAAGUCGCACAACGAGAUCGCACUGCGACAUCCCAGCACCCUGCGCGCCUACGCAUCGAGGAAGGGCAGCAAAUCGAAGACAGACAUUGAGAGCGACGACAUACGAACGACGCUCCUCAACGACUUGCUUUGGACUUUGUAUGCACGAUUUGAAGCGAUCGCUGAGAGCCACAGAGUUGUCCAUGAUGUCGUUGCUGGUAUCAUCCGGAGAGAAGGCAUUCGCGAUACUACCACCAGUGCGACGUUGACUCGAGGAUUCAAAGAGUUGUGGAAGCUGUACCAGAGCGAGAUGCGUUCGCUGCUUCAUGACUACCUUGCCACAGAUGGAGAGACAUCCUACAGAACUGGCCAGAAGCAGACUCCGAUCGGCAGCGCCUUCUCGCGGGCCCCUCGCGACAGAAACAAGCGGAUGUUCAAGCUCUCGGACAUGGACACCAAGUCAACCGAUGUUGCACAAGAGCGAGAUGACCUGGAGUUUAUCUUGAAAACAUCAGUCCCCGGACUUGUGUCUGACUCCAAGAGAACCGAAAACACAAGCACAAACACGAACAACAACAUCGAAGGCAAUGCAACUGGUCACAAGCUUUUGGUGGAGCCAAGUGUCUUCAACAUGGGUAUCCUGCUGCCUCCUUCGCUCGACUUCUUGAACAGGCUGAAGGAGGUCGUGCCCACAGGCUCAGACAUUGUCAUGAGCACACUUACGUCCUUCCUUGACGACUUCCUGGUGAACGUCUUCCAUCCUCAGCUGGAUGAGACUUUGGUAGAACUAUGCGCGCAAGCAUACGUUGAGGUCGAUUCCUAUCAAGAGGAUCCGCACUGGACGAAGUAUUCGAAGAAGCCCAUCUUCAAGGGAACUGCGAAUUUCCUUACCCUUAUCUCCGCCUUUUGCAAGAUGCUGGAUAACCUGCCGCACGAUCAGGCCUUCUCGCAACUCAUCGUUCGCCAGAUGGAAACCUACGCACGGAAGUGUACAAGUUGGUACCAGACCCUUGUCAGCCGAGGAAGUCCUACGGCGGCUGGCCGUAAGCUGAGGGCACCUGCUGCAUGGGCUGAGUCUGCAGAGAUGGAGGACCUGGUCAACCAGAUCUUCCAAACAGAUCCAAGGGAUGCCAUAAAUUUCAACACGCUUAUCGAGCAGGAGACAAGUCUACUCUUACCGACAAUCGAAAAAGAGCCACUGGACCAAGGCGAUAUCAUACAGGACAAGAAGACUCUCACAAGCCUGUGCCUCCUGUACACUAGCAUGAAGUGGCUGUCUACCAAGAUUGCACGAUUAAGGCACAUCAGUAAUCGAGCAACGGACUCAACGCGUGUCGAGCCUGGCAGCCAACGCCACAACAGACGAUGGACACUGCUCUCAUCCUCAGAGCCUAGGUCUGAAGGUGCACCUGUAUACCUCCCACUGAACCAGGAGACCGCUGCCGAGUUCGACAGCGUAGUGUCCACCUACCAAGCCCUCAGCACCUGCGUCCUCCGCACUCUGCACCUCUCAAUCCGCACCACUAUCCUCUUCGCCCUUAACACAUCCGUGCGGCCCGCAAUAACCAUCGACUCGCUGCUCGGCGACCCGGACCCCGCCAUCCUGACCCUUAACGCGCACCUCGUCGCCUUCGACACCGAAGUCAGCACCUACAUCCCCGCCUCCUCCUACGCACUCAUCACAUCCGGUCUCGCAGCGCUAAUGGACAUCUACCUCUUCUCGCUCUGCACGUCCAAGCUCGAUAACAUGAACGCUAACGGCUGCGCGCUGAUGCAGUUGAAUAUGCUCGUGUUGCAGCAAAACCUCAAGAAUAUCGAGGAGGGCGCUACGUUACCUAACGUCGCCCUGUUCUUCGACUUGUUCACUGCGGGCCCGGAGGCGAUCGUUGCGAGGGCCAAGGAGCAUGGUAGGGGCUUUGGCCUGCAAGGGUUGGCCAAGGAGAUGUUUACCCUGGAGAAGGUGAAGAGGUUGUUGGAGUUGACGUAUAAGGAGAGGUUGGGGGAUGAAAGGCGGGAGGCGGUGGUGCAGGCGCAGAGGGAGCAGGAUGCGCAGUUGUUGGAGAUUAGUGAGUUUAUGUAUUAGAUUGCUGUGGUAAAUGUUGAGCAUGUUGUUUGAUGUGGGAUGUGUAUUGUCGGCAUGCGUACGUAGUAUACCAUGGCUAUUGCAAUUAGAUGGUUGGUUCUUCACCCACCCAAGGUCAUCCUUGCUAAUAUUGCACGCGCGUCGCACCGAGCAAAGCCGCAGCCGGGAAAUG